AAAGAACGGCAACUCUUACCGACUUGAUUGCACGUGUGUAUGUUUUGGUAAUGUUCUGACUGGAAGGUAGUUUUGGAAAAAAACCGCCUGUUACGAUCAGAAGAUUGUGUUGUAUGAUCCACUGGCCAUAAGUAAUGAAACAAAUGGCAGACAAUAAAUAUUUUGUGGGCCAAGUUGCUGAUUUGCUUGGAGGAAAGAAGAUCAAAUCAGAACCGGUGACCCCCCAAAAAACCAAACUUGCCGCUCUGUUUGAUGUCAAGACAAAAGAAAAGAUUGACUUUAAGAAAAAAGGAAAGCCUACCCCAGAGAAGAAAGCGAAAAAGUUAAAAAGAUCAAAGACUAUAGAGUCUGUUAAAACUGAAAUAAAGACGGAAAAAGAUGUGAAACAAGAAAAGAAGGCAAGUCCAAGUAUUGAAGAAAAGAAGCCCAAGGAAGCAGGAAAGAAGGAGAAGAAGAAGAAGAAAAAGAAGGAGAAGACAAAAGAAGAGGGAUUCUGUCCUCCUGACGGAAUCGUGCAUGAAUCUUUGACGGAAAAUUCAGAGGAGCCAAAAAAACAAAAACAGAAGAAGAGGAAGAAGGAGGACGAUUCUGAUGAAGAAAAUGAAACAGCUCCCAAGAAGAGAAGAACUAAGUACAAGAGAGAUAAAACAAAAGACAAGAGGACAGUCUUCAUUGGGAACCUCCCCCUUGAUGCCAAGAAAGCAGCUAUAAAGGCCCUGUUUGCAGAGUACGGCACGAUUCAAAGCGUUCGAUACCGAUGCCCACCUAUUUCUGACCCAAAGGUUUCCAAGAAAGUCACCUUCAUUAAGAAAAGUUUUCACCCAAACAGAAGUAAUAUUGUAUGUUACGUGUGCUUUGAGGAUGAAACGGCUGCGAAGAAGGCACUGAAAUUAAAUGGCCAUGAAUUAAAUGGGUACCACUUACGAGUUGAUGUUUCAUCUAACAACAAGAAACACAACAGGGACAAUUCAGUUUAUGUCGGGAACCUUUCCUAUGACAUCGAGGAGAACAUGAUGUGGAGCCACUUUGAACCAUGUGGAGCCAUUGAGAAUGUCCGCAUCAUCAGGGACCGGCAGACAGGACUGGGCAAGGGCUUCGGCUAUGUGCUGUUUGCUGACAAGUCCUCGGUUGACCUUGCCCUUCAACUAAAUAAGACUUCGCUAAACGGGAGAAACAUCAGAGUUAGCAACUGCACAACUGCGCAAAAGAAAGAUUCCUUGAAAAAACAUCCUGUGAGACAGCGAUUGCUGAAGAAGGCCAAGAAGCUGGGGAUGAAGCCGACCAACCUGCGGCCGGGCGAGGUGAGGAAACCCAAGGACAGGUCCAAGAAACCCCGCCAUCGAGACCGGGUCAAGCAGGCCUUCGCAGCUGACCCCUCUUCCGCACCCCAGGUCACCUCACAACCCAACAACAGAAAACACAUCAAGUUUACCUGAGCCCAGAGUGUUCAGUACGUCUCAGGAGAAUCAUUUUGAAGCUACAUUUCACCUCACCUGUCUGUACCAUGGUGAAUAAGUAUGUAACAUCUGGUGGCUGGUUGGUUUGUUGUUUAACGCCGCACUCAGCUAUAUUCUAGCUAUAUGACGGCAGUCUGUAAAUAUUCGAGUUUGGACUAGACAAUCCAGUGAUUGACAUCAUGAGCAUUGAUCCACGCAA